CAGGAGGGCUGCAGUCUGUGCCAUAAUACUGAAGGCCCUUCAUUCCCCUUUGACAGCUAUACAUUUCGUCAGUCACUAUGGCUUCAAGAGGUGGACAUAGACCGGAAGGUUCAGAUGGCAGUGACCAUUGGCACAGAGAAAGUAUUGCCUGGCAGUACAAAAUCAGCUCUAUCAACAAAUGGCGCUUGAGACUGGCUUUGUUUCUACAAAUUCAACUGGGCCUUCUUAUGUUUGUGCGACUCCUGCCGGGUAUUGCAGGGGCCUUCGGAUUCACUGUCAUUCGCCUCCGUCGACUGGACCUUCCCCACCCACGGCCCUGGGAAUAUGCCUGGCUGGUCAGCUUGAUAGCCGCCGUGAUCGGGUGGCGGUCGACCCCGACCAACAACUCUUUUCUCCUCAAGCAGUUUGUCCUUGGAACCAUCGUGUUCGGCCUGGCCCCAGUUUUCUUCGGUGCCUUUGACCUCCGAAACGAUAUUAUGCUGUAUUUGCAGGAGAAGAAAUUUACGUACGAAAUGUUUGGGUUCCCCGCCGUUCUCAUAUGGAGCGUGUUUAUGCUUAUAGCUCUUCAGAUCCACGUGUUUGCUCUGUACUUCAGCGUAGUACUCCUUCGUGCCUGGAGGCCUCGACCUUCCAUCUCGGGGAAACUGAAAGCGAGGUAACUCUUUUCGCAGGUAGCUUAGGUUUACAAAUUUUAUCUUUAAAUAUAAUAAUAUAAUAUCUCCUCUGAGUUGACAAAUGCCAACAAACAACGUGACCACGUCAGGGAUGGUGGGUCCUUGCGCUAGAGUGACUAAUGGUAGGAUUUUGUUACAACACUGUAGUGCCUGCGCAGUGAAGAGAGGGAAGUUGGACAUCAUAGAAUCAUAAAUUUUGUUCGCAACACAGCCUGCAUGCAGCAGAUGGUACUCUACGGGGGGAUUCUGCUCUCGUUUCCUCACUCAAAUGUUAAUCAGUAUUUAGUCAAUACGAAUGCAGCUUGUUGACGAGAUUUUAUAAAGUCAUUUCGGCAUUUGUUGAAAGUUUCAAUUUUUAAUUUGUGAACAUUUUUUUUUUUUCAAUUGUUUUUUCUAAUAUAUUUUACUUUUUUGUUUAAUAGAUAAUUUUUUUAAAGGAUGGUAUAAUGAGAAAAGACACCAUUAACUCAUCACAGACCAAUCGAAGGAUAGAUUACUGAUCUUCUAUCAAUUGCUGAUUCAGUAUCAUUCAUUAGAUUGAAAUGAAACAAAGACACACAUUUACAUUUUUUGUUGUUUUUUAUUGAAGAAAGUGAAUGCUUUUUUAAAGACUGAAAUGAACAGUCACUCCUGUUCCUCUCUACACUGAUUCCUCUGUGUUAUAUCAAAAGGGAAAAGAAAAGGCUGCAAUGAACCAUAGGGACCUAGUUGUGUUUUCCUGUCUGAGCUGACUCCUAGCUUCCUGUUGCGAGUCGGUGGCUCGUUAUGAACCUGUCGAACCUCGGUGACCUCCCUUGCAUCAUAUAAUUAUAGACGUAGGAGAAUAGAAGAGUAGAUUCUUGAAUUCACCCGGCAAUAUAUAUUGCUGACUAAGUGUUGUGUUUACCCAGUGCCUCCUCAUUCUAUGAAAUUUGUCAAUUUCUGGCAGGCUGCCUGAUCUGUGUGUUCAGUUGUCACGUAAUUGACCUUUGUGUGAGAACUUGAGAUGAUUGGGGUUUGGGGUUGUUGUUUUUUUUGGUGAUCUUUGAAGGAUUUCAUUUUUUAAAUAUUUGUUGGAUUUGUGAGGCUUCUUGUUUUGUUAAAAUGGCUUAAUAAUAAUAACCCAAGUUGUGUUGAUAGAUUGCCAUUUAACACGGUUUCAGCUUGUAACCCCCAGGGAUAUAUGACAAUUACCGCUUUCACUUCUUUAGAGAAGAAAGUGGCUGUUGGUGGAAGGGGUUUUAGUCACCAGUACGCUGAUAACAUAGGCUUGUUUCAUUAACUAAAUGUGAAAGUAGUGAGGAUCUUGUUAUGAGAACAAAAGGUGCUUUUGAACUUACUGAGUGUUGGUACAUUUGUUCUUUUUUAAAAUAGAUUUGAUAUUUCGACCCGUACACAUACUUAUGUACAUAUCACAGAUGUUACUACUGUAUAAAACACACCUGCCUUUUAAGAAAAUUUGUGUCAAAUGUAUUUUUCUUGCCUCGCGUCAAGUAUUAUUAGUUUUUUCUUUCUCUCUCCACCUGUUGAUCUCUGGUUCUUUGCUCAUGUCUUCUGUCGUUCAACAAGAAUGUGUCCGUUGAAAAGAAGUGAAGGCAAAGAUUCUUUUUUUUUUACGACUUUAUGGAAAGGUAUAAAAUCUGUAUGGUUGGACCAGUUAUUGGUGAUUUGAAAUGUGUGGAUAUUUGUAAAGGCAAAGUAAGAAAAUACUUUUGUAUAACGUUUUUUUCUGGUUCCCUUUCUUACUUAAGUAUGUAGUGAGUUCGCAGUACCUGAUUAUGAAGGAUGUUGAUGUCUACUAUGCUGAAAAGAAACAACUUGAUGUGUACUAACGCACACUAGUAUUUUGAUUUUGAUAAAUAUUGUUCUACUGCGGUACAGGGUAGUAAAUGGUCUUCCAGUCCGAACUUGAAAAUGUUUGUGCGUCUAGCAUGCUGCAACAUGAUCCGUCUUUUUCAUUGUUAUUGAGUUACUGAGAUCUGUGAAUGUGUCUGAUAGGCCAGUUUGUGUCCCUGAGAAGUUAAUUAAAUGUUUUACUUUAUUGUUGGAUUUGUUCUUGUGGAAAGCUGAAUAUUUGCAACUUUCUUUCAGCACCGCACCUUCCUUCUUCUCUGCUUUCAUUCAUGGUGGUUUUCUCGUAAUUUGCGUGCUUGCUGUAAAAUCUUGAUUAGGUCGUUUAGAAAUUUAUGAAAUGCUCUAUAUUAUAUUGCCCUUGAGGCUGGUUAGUUGUGUUGACAAGGGACUGUGGGUGGACCAUCCUGUACAACAAUGCUUUUUGCUAUCUCAUUUCUGAGACAUGGAGAGCAGCCCUACUACGCCUGUUUGCUCGUGACAGCAGUUGCCCUACAUUUGAUCUGUGUGUUGUGGCUUGCAGUUUUGGCUUCUUCUUCCAGUGCUUUGACUUUUUGUAUACAUUGCUGGAUGCUUUUUUCUUCGGACUAUUUUUUUACUUUAAACGUUAAAUUUUAUGAAAGUGUAUGGUAAAACUGACUGCCUCAGAAUUUUCACUGGUGCUGUGCUGUUAAUAUGCCUGUAUUGACAUGUAAUAAUUAUGAUAAUAACAAAAAUAUAUUUGUCCAUCACUAUCAGUACCAGUGACAGCUUGACAACCUUUCAACCCAUUUGAAAUUUGUACUCACAGUAAUGAUAAUGUGUGCAAUGGGCUUUGAAGUUUAUUUUGUUUAACACAGAGGAGUCUAGAAAUUGACACGACUUUGAUCAAUCCGAUUAUGAUCUAUCAGCACUCUUUUAAAAUUAUGGAACUUAAAUAGAGAUCCUGUCUUAUGUAGAAAGACCCACCGCAGAAUUCCACUUUCCUCAGUCCCCUGUGCUCUUCUCGGAGUACACCUUGACUCGUCCUUUUUGAAAAUUUGUCUGGACACUUUCAGUUUUUUUUCUCUCCACAUUUGAUCUGGAAAUAUAUGUUUUCUGCUUUUUAAAUUUAAUGGUUGAUGUUUUUAAUUGAUUACCCUCUAUCAUAAUGAAACAAGAAAAGAUUUUGCUUGUAGUUGGGUGAGUGAUCAAUUCAAAUUAGGAAACAGAAAACAGGAUAUCAAACUCUUAAUUCUGGAGAAUAUUUCCAGCAGAUAUUCUAAGAAAGACAUAGCAAAGCAGAUAUAUUCAUACUUAAGUUGAAUUCACUACAAUGUAGUAGGCCUAUAUAUUUGAUAUUUAGUUAAAAGGCAUUUCCGUGAUUGGAGUUUGUGAAUCGUUCAGACUUCAUUAUACCCCCUUUCCCCCCCUCUA